AAACUAUAAUAUAGUGUAUUGUGGGAGAAAUGUGUGCUUUUUGCAGUAAAUUCAAUUUUACCGACACUUUUUUACUUGUGUUAUACUAUUUCCAGACCACGAAACGACAAAAUCUCGCGAUAUCUCCAUGGAAACAGAGCAUUGUUUACCUUUGAUACCAAAGGCUUGUUGUCUACCAGCGACAGAGAUUGUCAUACACAUGCAGUCUCUUGAUGAAAACCAGUUCUGGUGCCACGACCCAGGCCCGUCUCUGUGGGCCCUGAUUGUUAAGCAUGUUCCAGGGUCAGAGCUGCCAAAUAUCUGCACAGCACUGGGCCACUUCCUGGUUGACAUGUACACAGAAGUACACACUGAGGCAGAGAUGUGGUACAGCAUGUGGCAGGACAGCCAGCAGAGUGGAUAUCACAGCAGCAGAGAAGCAACCUCCAUCUCUUCACUCCCUGAUCCACCUGUAAUCAAAGAACUGCUGAGAGCUGAGGUCAAGAUGCUGCUGCAGUCUCUUGAAGAGAGAGCCAGCAGCAGAGGAGGAGAUGGUGCGGAGCUCCUGCUAAAGUACAAACCUGAGACUGUAAACUAUGUCCUCAGUCACCGCAACAACUUCAACAGCAACGGCGUCAACUCUGAGAACGCUGCAGAUGGAAGCAGACCAAGCUCUCACUGUUCAUUCAGGUCAUGUGCCGAAGAAGAGAUUGAAGCAGUGAGAGACAAGAUUAACGUCUCCGACAUUGACCAAGUAGUGGAUCGUCUCAAAUCUGUUUUAAUGGAGGAAUGUGAGGCACUGAACAAAAUGGUGCAGAGUUUCAAGGUAAGUAUUAAAGAAAAUUGCAGGAGUCAAAGAAAACUUGAGAAACGGGAACUUUCACUUCUAGAGUUGAGAGAGCUCAGAGGAACAAUACAAACAGACUUGGACUCUUUUUCGUCUUUGCUCGAAACUACACCUCAACCUAUCUGGGAGAAGGACUUAAAAAACAAGCUGAGGCUGCCAGUCGGACCAAAGGCCUUAGAUCAGAUUUUGUCAUCAAUGGAUAUAAGACCACACCCACCAUCAGCUCUACUCUAUCCUGAACCUAGGCAGACCCCUCUCACCAACACCUCUGUGUCCUUCACUCCAAUUCAUGCUCCUUCCUCCUCAAGGACGCAAAGCCAACAUAGCAUUACAUUAAAUAAAUUAAAAAGAAUAACUGGCUUCACCACAUUCACUUCCUCUCGUCAAGCCCCUCCUAAUUGCAUAGACGAUAAGAGCAAAUCUUACUGUAGUUUAUCUCACAUGUACAUUACCGCCGAUCUCCCUUGCAGCCCCCAGAGCUCUCACACAGAUUUCCAAGUUAAAUCACAAGAAAACUCAUCUUUCCCUGGAGUUGGUCCUACAUCAAACAAUUGCAUUCACCACUCAAGCAGUAAGUAUUACCUUUUUCAGAAGGAGAGACAAAUCACAAACUGCAUUACCCCCCACCCCACUGCAGAGUUCAGCACUUAAGAAAGUGCAGGCGAUAACCACAACAAAAUACAAAAUUUGUUUAAAAUGCAAAAAUGAAGACCCAAAAUGACAAAAUGUUGUUAAAAAACAGCAGCAAACAUCUGGUGACCUCUGUGGGUAUAGGUGGAUGUAUACAAAAUGGAAUCAAGAAAGUAGAGGUCCGCUUGCUUAAUCGUGUAGAUGCUGCUACCAUGCAUACCUGAAACUAUAGUACACUGUUGACUUUUUGUUUUCUGCUUUAAUUGUGAGGAUGGUAAAAUCACUGAAGUUUCUUGCAGGUUUGUUUGAUAAUUUUAGAUUUCCUGUGCAGUGUUGCAUUCAAUUAAAGAAACAAACUUCUGAGUUUGUUGUUAUUUUAGGCAACCUAUGUAGUCGAAAGUUUCUUAUAGUAGGUAAUGUAGUUGUUUUUUUUAUUAUUGUUAAAUCUUAACCUCAUAAACCCCAAUGUUACUUUAGUUGUGUGUGUGUGUGUGUGUUACUUUUAGUCUGAGGUAUAGAACACACUGAAAUGAUAUAUUUUUCAUCACGAUAACUUCCAUAACCUGUAUAUUCAUUGAUAUAAACAGAAAAAAAUCA